AUGGAUACGAAUAUUUCAACGACAGCAGUUAAAAGCCAUAAUAAAUACUUUUGUAACGAAGAGUCACCUUAUUAUGAUCGACAAAUAUGUUCAAACAAUCUGAACAAUCUUGAGCCAGGUUGUUUCAAUGGUCUUGAAAAUUUGUCGCCACUAAAUUUAGAUUCAAACAAACUACAAAAUCUUGAAUCAGGUUGUUUCAAUGGUUCAUCACAACUUGAUUAUCUUAAUAUGAGCAACAACAAUCUUACAACAUUGUCUAAAGGUGUUUUCAAUGGUCUAGAAAAUCUGCAAAAAUUACAUUUAGAAUCAAACAAACUGAACAAACUUGAGGCAGGUUGUUUCAAUGGUUUAUCACGACUUAAAGACCUUGAUAUGAGCAAUAAAAAUCUUACAACAUUGCCGACAGGUGUUUUCAAUGGUCUUGAAAAUCUUCAGAAACUGAAUUUGCAUUCGAACAAACUACAAAAUCUCGAGUCAGGUUGUUUCGAUGGUUUAUCACAACUUAAAAAGCUUGAUAUAAGCAACAACAGUCUGACAACAGUAUCCGGAAGUGUAUUUAAUGGUCUUGAAAAUCUUGAGAAACUAUGUUUGGAUUCAAACAAACUAGAAAAACUCGAGUUAGGUUGUUUCAAUAGUUUAUCACAACUUAAGUGGCUUAAUAUCUGCAACAACAGUCUGGCAACAUUAUCCGAAGGUGUAUUUAAUGGUCUUGCAAAUCUUGAGACACUAAGUUUGGAUUCACUCAAACUGAACAAUCUUGAGGCAGGUUGUUUCAAUGGUUUAUCAAGACUUGAUGCCUUUAGUAUACGCAACAACAGUCUUAGAAAUUUGUCCAAAAGUGUUUUCCAUGGUCUUGAAAGUCUUCAGAGACUAUAUUUAGAUUUAGAUGAGCUACAUAAUCUUGAGUCAGGUUGUUUCAAUGGUUUAUUACGACUUGCCAGUCUUGAUAUAAAAAACAACAGUCUGACAAUAUUAUCCAAAGAUAUAUUUAUUGGUCUUGAAAAUCUUGAGACACUUCAUUUGGAUUUAAACAAACUACAAAAUCUUGAGUCAGGUUGUUUCAAUGGUUUGUCACGACUUAAAUAUAUAUAUAUCAGCAAAAUUAAAUUGACCAGUUUAUCAAAAGGUAUCUUUAAGGGCCUACGAGAACUCCGUACACUAAGUUUAAAUUGGACUGAACUUCAAAACCUCGAGUUGGGUUUUUUCAAUGAUUUAUUAAAGCUUCGAUCACUUGAUCUCAGCAACAAUAAACUGAUAAAUUUAUCAAAAGAUACAUUCAAUGGUUUACAAGAUCUAUGUAACCUAUCUUUAAAUUCAGAUCAACUGAUUUACCUUGAGCCAGGUACUUUUGAUGAUUUAUUGAGGCUCAAAUAUCUUCAUAUCAGUCGUAACAAUCUCACCACUUUAUCGAAAGAUAUAUUUAGGAAUUUAAAAGAGCUUCGUCAUCUUAUUUUAUAUUCAAACGCAUUGAACAAUCUUGAGUCAGGUUGCUUUAAUGGUUUAUCACAACUUGAGAAGCUUGAUCUGGGCCACAACAGCCUUACAACAUUGUCCAAAGAUGUUUUCAAUGGUCUUGGAAGUCUACGGACACUGUAUUUAUAUACAAACAAACUACAAAAUCUUGAGUCAGGUUGUUUCAAUACUUUAACACGACUUGAGAACCUUAGUAUGCACAGCAACAGUCUUACAACGUUGUCUAAAGAUGUAUUCAGUGGUCUUGAAAAUCUUCAGGACUUAGAUUUAAAUUCAAACACAUUAAGCAAUCUUGAGUUAGGUGCUUUAGUCUAUCAAAUAUUAAGACUAGAGACUUUAUAUAUAAUAUAUAAAUCAAUAUUUGUCAUUGAAUAG